UCCUCCCUCUCAGUGCGCAUGCGCGGCUGCUACUGUUUCCCUGAGGAGAAUCCGCUCGCCGCCUCGUCCGCCAUUUUGCCCGCGCGCCUCCUUCCUCCUCGGCUUCUUUUCCCCUUUCCUUCCCCGGGAAGCGAGCCACGCCGAUGCAGGCGGGGGUGAAGGUCUUCGUGGGCAACGUGCCUGAGGAGACGUCCCAGGUGGAGCUGCGAGACCUCUUCCAGGCGGUGGAGCCCGGCGCGGUGCUCAAAGUGGCCCUCAUGAAGCAGUUCGCCUUCGUGCACCUGCGCGACGAGGCCGCGGCCGAGCGGGCCAUCUCCAAGCUCAACGGGCAGCUCGUCCACGGGCACCGCGUCGUCGUCGAGCACUCCCGCCCGCGCCCCACCCACACCGUCAAGGUCUUCGUCGGGAACGUCUCCGCCGCCUGCACCAGCGGGGAGCUCCGCGCCCUCUUCCAGGAGUACGGCCCCGUCGUCGAGUGCGACAUCGUCAAAGACUAUGCGUUCGUUCACAUGGAGAAGGACGAGGACGCUGCGGCCGCCAUUGAACAUCUUAAUGGAAGGGAAGUCAAAGGAAGACGAAUUAAUGUCGAACUCUCAAAUAAAGCUCAUAAAAGGGGCCCGACCGCCGUCGGGGCCCAGCUGGGUCUCGGAGGCGAAAAGCACAAAAUACCAACAAUAGAGAAACUCCAAGUCCGGAAUGAAGGCGUGAGGCCUGGCAAUCUGGCUUUCCCAAUGGCGGCAUCGUCUUAUUCCUCACUUGAAUAUGAUUACCAGCAGCAGCAGCAGCGCCUGGGAAACAGUGGUUUAUCCAAAUUUGACUCCCAAGACAGUCAGGCCGCUUCCUAUUUUGGAAGGGAUCGGAGCCCCAUUCGGCGCUCCCCCACCAGAGCAGGCUACGUGGUCCCCCUGACAGCCCAGGCAGCCGCUUACAGAGACCAGCCUUCCGCCUCCCUGGGAACGGCCUACAGAGACCAGCCCACAGCAGCCCUUGGCAUGGCCUACAGGCCCCAGCCGACCACUGGGCAGGCAGCGAUGUACAGAGCCCAACCCUCAACCCUGCAUGGCAGUGCAUAUAAGUCCCAGUCCUCUGUUUCUCUGGGAACAUCGGGUGCCCAGUCAGCAGCCUCGGCCCUCUCUGCCUACAAUGCCCAGGCAGCUGCCUACAAUGCCCAAGCAGCCGCGUCCCAAGUGGCUUCUUAUGAGGCGCAGACCAUGGCUUCAUACACAGCUGCUUAUGGAGCACAGGCCGCUGCAACGUAUGCGGCUUCCUAUGGGGCCCAAGCUGCUGCAUUUCCUGCAACGUACGGGGCUCAGUCUGCAGCCAGCCAGGCCGCGUUGUACAGUGCCCAUCCUCUCUCGGCCCAGUCAGCUUCAUACGGCGUUCAGCCCGCAGUGGGCCAUGCCACGGCUUCCUAUGGGGCCCAGGCUGCCUCUACUCUCCCUGCUGCGUAUGGGGCUCAGUCUGCUGCGAGUCUGGCGGCUGCUUAUGGUAUGCAGGAUGCAGCUGCUGCUUCUUAUAAAGCCUCGGUGCCAUCCGCCUACAGAACAACAGUCGAGGCCGCCUACGCGGCGCAGCAGUCCGCUUCCGUUCCCUUGGCAGCGGGUUACAAAGCCCAGCAGGCAUACAACGCGUUGGCUCAGACGGCGCAGCAGGUGAUGCCCUCUUCAGGAAUGCUGCAGUCUGAAGCCGCUGGCCUCCACCCGUUGUAUGAACGCACACGCCUGUCCCCACCACGUGUGAGCCGCGAAGACCUCUACCGGAAGGCAGCUGCGAUGAUAAAUAAGAGGUACAGUACCGAACUCUCAGAUGACCGCCGUUUAGCUGAACUCUCUGAUUUCCGCCAUUUAGCGGACUCCCCCCAUGCGUACCGCCACUCGCCGACAAAGUCUCAUCUGGAUUAUCGCCGCCUCCCAGAAAUGCAAUCCGAUUAUGCCCGUUACGCGGGGGCCUAUGGCGAUUAUUUGCGCAGCGCACAGCUGCAGAUGCAUGCUAGUUACCAGCGCCGCUUGUAGAGGAUUUUCCCCCGUCUCCCGCGUCAUUCCCUUGGCGUCUGUCGUCUUAACACCAUUUGACUCACCCCAGCACCUGCGUCUGCAAGGAGCGGUCCUUGCCGUUUGAUUUCAGGACACCCUUUCAGUCCCGGGCGCCCACCGCAACUGGCCAUCAUAACCCAUGUAUUUUUAUUAUUAUUAUAAUUUGUUCUUACUGUCUUUUACUCUGCCAAGCAAAGGGUACGUCGUUUCCUUUAGUGAGCCAUAUGCGACCCUCACUGACAGCUAGGAAAACCCGUGUAGGUUUCCAUCUUUAAUUUCAUUUCAGCCUCAGGAGCGCACUGUACAUUGCUGCACAUUCAGCCUUUUUUCAAACCAAAGUCCUAAUGGCCGUGGGGAGAACAAUAUUUCCCCCAGUUUCUUCGGUCUUAUCUAUUCCUUGAUUGAAACCUUCGUUUCCAUGGUCUUCGAAAGGGGUUUAUUCUCGUCUGUUUUCCAAAUCGGUUCAGUUGCUUUUAUGUAACCUCGCCCUUCAUUGAUUUAUACCAAUAUAGAGUGUGUGAGGAAGCCUACCGUUAGAAGUAAAGCUUAGGUUUCCUUUUUUUUUUUUUGUAUUAAUUGUAAAUAAAACAGCUGAUUGGAAUUUUAGAAAAAAAAA